CCGGGGCGCUGCCGGUCCCGGCUCGGCGCUGGGCAGGGCGGGGCCAUCGGGCAGCGCGGCGGGGCCGGUCCCGGCGCGGCGCGGGAUGAGCCCGGCGCGGCGCAGCUGCCCGAGUCCCGCUCCUUGCGGGGACGCCUCUUAGCGCUGGAGGAGGAGGAGGAGGAGGAGCGGGUGCCGGCGGGAGCGGGGCGGCGGAGCGCAGCGGCCAUGCCGUGGCUGAGCGGCGGGCGGCGGCGGCGGCAGCAGCCCGGGGCGGCGGCGCAGGGCGGCGGGCAGCGGGGACGGGAGAGCUCGGAGCUCCCGCUGCCCGCCGGAUGGGAGGAAGCCAGGGAUUUCGACGGCAGGGUCUUUUACAUCGACCACAACACCCGGCAGACCUCGUGGAUCGACCCCCGGGAUAGGAUUACAAAGCCAUUGACAUUUGCUGACUGUGUCGGUGAUGAGCUUCCUUUAGGAUGGGAAACUGUUUACGAUCAACAGAUUGGAGUUUAUUAUAUGGACCACAUAAAUCAGCUCACACAAAUUGAGGACCCACGGGAGCAAUGGAGAAGGGAGCAGGAACGUAUGCUAAAGGAAUAUUUAAUAGUUGCCCAGGAGGCACUCAAUGCCAAGAAAGAGAUUUACCAAAUAAAGCAGCAGCGUUUUGAACUAGCCCAAGAAGAAUAUCAGCAAUUGCACAAAAUGUGUGAGGAUGACAGCCGUUCUUAUGCCAGCUCAUUCUCUGGAUUUUCAACUAAUACCAAAUAUGACCCAUAUCAGAUUAAAGCAGAAAUAGCCAGCCGCCGUGACAGACUUUCUAGGCUAAAACGAGAAUUGGCACAGAUGAAGCAGGAGCUGCAAUAUAAGGAAAAAGGAGUGGAAACUCUGCAAGAGAUUGAUCGUAAGAUGUCAAGUGCUCAUACGAAUUAUAGACUGGAUGAAGCACAGGCUAUAAUGAGUGAGCUUCGAACCAUAAGGAAAGCUAUAUGCACAGGGGAAAAAGAAAGACAGGACCUUAUGCAGAGCCUAGCCAAGUUAACAGAUGGAUUCAGGAAUAGCUGUUGUAUUACAGAUUCCUUGCAGGAUCUCCAGCACAAUUCUAGUUUGCUCAGCGACUCCUGUUUACCUCAACAACACUGCGAUGCUUGUUCUCAGACUGACAUCACUGGAGAGUUUGGUUUUGAUGACAAAACAAGACUUGUAGACAAAGUGAGACUGAACUGGCAAUAUGAAGAGGCCAAGAAAAGAGUUUCAAAUAUACAACAGCAGCUGGCCUUGCUAGAAAACGAAUCUUGGCCAGGAAUGGCUGAAGCAGACAGGGACCGUCUUCAGCUCAUUAAAGAGAAGGAGGCUCUUCUUCAGGAGCUGCAGCUUAUCAGUCAACAGAGACGAUCCCCAGAAGACAUUGCACGUUUGGAGGAAGAAAAAAGACGCUUGGAGGAUGAAAUUCAGCGGGCACGAGCAACCUCUGCUCAUGGGGCCACUGAAAGGAUACUGUUACAGGAAAAGAGAAAUUGUUUGCUUAUGCAACUAGAAGAAGCUACACGUUUAACCUCAUAUUUACACUCCCAGUUAAAAAGUCUGUCAGCUAGCACCCUCACAAUGUCCUCUGGCAGCAGCAGGGGAUCCCUAGCCUCCAGUCGAGGAUCCUUGGCAUCCAGCAGAGGCUCCCUCAGCUCGAUCAGCUUUACAGACAUCUACGGCCUUCCACAGUAUGACAAAUCAGACAGCAUUACAGACUAUGGGCAGCAUUUACGCUUUGACAUAAUUCCCUUCGAGUCUCUUACAAAGGAUGUACCAUACAUUGAUCCUGUUGGACACUCAAAUUUCAAUAAGCAGCGAAGGUCUCUGGAUACCCCACAGUCCUUGGCAUCCCUGUCAUCACGAUCUUCCUUGUCAUCGUUGUCCCCUCCAAGCUCACCUCUGGACACCCCAUUUCUCUCUGCAUCUCGAGAUUCUCCCUUGGCUCAGAUGUCAGAAGGUUUUGAGGAGAUGGCAAGCAUAGGAGCCCUAGAAGUUCUCAGGGCUCAGACUACAGCAUUGGGUGACGAUGAUAUGCAAGGAGCGAGCUCAUCUCAGACAUCCACUUACCCCGUGGACAAUGAAGGGCUGCGUGAAAUGGGACCACAGCUGACUUCUGUCCAGACUGGUGGAGCUGUAACUCUGCGAGGAGACAGUGGUAGAAGAUCGGAGAGGAGAGCCAGGCGAGUUUCAGCAUGUCUCUCAGAUCAUUCACUGGCUAGUGACAGUGGCGUGUUUGAAGCUUUAAGCAAAAGGAAUGAGGAUCUGGAAGAGCCAGUUUAUGGUGAUGCUGCCAACAGUGAAGAACCGCAAAUACACGUUGGUUUUCUGCAUGACAGUGGAAGUGAAUGUCUGUUAGUGCACGUAGUACAGCUGAAGAACUUCACUAAUCUAGUUGUUAAAGAAAACUGCAAAAUUCAUGUGAGAGUUUAUUUGCCACCACUUGAGUCAGGCACGCCAACCACUUACUGUUCUAAAGCUUUGGAGUUCCAAACUCCGUUAAUAUUUAAUGAAGUUUUCCGAAUUCCUGUGCAUUCAAGUGUUUUGAAAUUAAAAUCACUACAACUCUAUAUCUGUUCAGUUGACCAUCAGCAACAAGAGGAACUCUUGGGCAUUGCUCAGAUAAACCUGACUGACGCAGAGAAUUCUGGUGAGAUGCAGCUUCACUGGUAUUCAGUUCAGAUGUUUACUGGCUCAGACCCUCAGAGAGUAAAGAGUAAAAGCCAGUGUGAAGAAAGUAUUCCCCGGUCUUCUGGAAAUGUAACUACAGUUAAAACAUUUGCCUUUCAGGAUGCAGUGACAGCCCUGUUAGCACGGACAACUGCCCAGCUGGAAGCAGUUGAGAGGGAGUUGGCAGAAGAGAGGGUGAAACUGGAGUACACAGAGGAGGAAAUCCUGGAGAUGGAAAGAAAGGAAGAUCAGGCAGAAGCCAUAUCAGAAAGGAGCUGGCAAGCAGAAUCUGUUGACAGUGGAUGCAGUAAUUGCACCCAGACUAGUCCUCCUUAUCCCGAGCCAUUUUGUGGGGAUUCGUUAGCUGGGCGCAUGUUUGCAACUCAAGCAGGCCAGUACAGUUCUGGAAAAAUGCAGCCUCCACCAAUAAAGGUGGAUAAGGAAACUAACACUGAGGAUCUGUUUCCUGAAGAAGUUCCUAUUCUUCCAAAAGAGAGAACUAGCCGCAGGCCACGUGGUUCUGCUUUUGUUCGCAGUAGCACUAUUGUUCGUUCCCAGACCUUCUCGCCUGGAGCACGAAGUCAAUAUGUUUGCAGACUGUAUCGCAGUGACAGUGACAGUUCAACACUUCCAAGGAAGUCUCCUUUUGUCCGGAAUACCUUGGAGAGACGUACUCUACGGUAUAAGCAGCAGUCCUGCAGAUCAUCUUUGGCUGAGCUUAUGGCAAGGACGUCCUUAGACCUGGAGCUGGAUCUCCAGGCAUCCAGAACUAGACAGAGACAGCUGAACGAGGAGAUAUGUGUUUUAAGAGAGUUGAGACAGCGUCUGGAAGAUGCCCAACUCAGGGGGCAGACAGAUCUGCCCCACUGGGUCCUUCGGGAUGAUCGAUUCCGAAACUUAUUGAAGGAAGCAGAAAGGCAGACCAGGCAGACCAAAUUUGAACAUCACCAAGAGCAAGCAGCUGAAAAGAUGCUGAAGAAAGCAUCAAAAGAAAUAUAUCAGUUGCGUGGGCAAAAUCAGAAGGAGCCUAUUCAGGUGCAGACUUUUAGAGAGAAGAUAGCUUUUUUUACAAGACCAAGGAUUAACAUACCUCCUCUGCCAGCUGAUGAUGUAUGACAUGUUGCAUUGUAAACAUGAAGUAUUUAUCGCUUUUAUUUUAAUGAAGUUACUAGAAUAGCCAAGUUUCUUUAAAAAAAAUUGUGCAAAAGCUAAUAUACAUGUUUUGUAAAAAAUAAAAAAAAGUAAAAAAAGUAAAAGUAAACAAAAACAUAUAUAUAAAUAUAUAUACAUAUAUAUUUUAUAAUAGCGACUGCAACAAGGCUUGGGUUUUCCUUGUUGUGAAACUGACAUCUCUGAAGACAACUUAUUUUAUAAAAGAUCGACUAUCCUUUUAAGAGCGUGUACAGUUUUUAUGCUGUUUUAUUUGACUUAAAGGCUGGAAGACAGAAACAAAGUGAGUUCAGGCAAAUUCACUGUAGUGUAAUUUAUUUAUAGUGCCUUUUUUCCUUGAAGGAAAAUACCUACUUUAAGAUGUAUUUUAAGACUGAAAUUUUGUUCUUCAGUAUUUGUCAUACAGUAGAAUGGAACCAUUGAGCUGGUUUUGUUUCUGAUACCUGAAAUGAAAAUACUAUGUUCCAAAAUUGUCACUUUUUUCAGCUUUAUUAUCUGUAGCUUAUUAUGUACAUUGUAUCCUUUAGCACUGUCUGUGUUAUAGCAAAAUAUUAUCACCUGCAAUGUGUUUAACACUGAUUAGAAAUGAUGUUAAACAUUGCAAAAUUCAUUUGCAUGUUCUUACUGUGCACUAAUAGAUUGUUUUCAUUUCAGUUGUGUCUAAAGUAUCUUUAUAUUCUUAACUAGAUUCUCAGUUUAAACGGAGGAAGGAAAAGAGUGACAAGUCUUUGUUUUGCCAUUUAAUUAAAAGGGAGUUAAAAGAGCAAUGUGAGGUACCUGUGUGGAAGGACUGUUAAAGGAAUGUUUUGGUCAUUUCUACAGUUACAAAGAUUCAAUCUGAUUCAGGAAAGUCUGUACAUGUUGAUUUCAGGAAGCAGCUGUGUUAAGUAAUGGUGCUUAGGCGCAUGUUCAUCCUAGAGGAUGUGCUUUGAGUUUCAUGCAUGCAAGUUCUGUUGAACAGUGACACUUCCCAGGAGGAAGGUGUAUAAUUCUGGAAGGUACAGCUCACUUGCUUGCUAGUUGGACCAGCUAAAAUCAAGCAAGAAAUAAUUUUACUUGUGCCAUUCGUUUUAGUGAAAGACUGUCACCCUAAAUUCCCGAGUAUGCCAGUUUUGUGUCCUUGCAUCCUGCAAAUAUGUAAAAAAUACUUCUUUACUAAGCUACUAUAAUAGUUUCUCAUAUUUUUCUAAUUAUACGUUACCUACAAAGAGAGGUGCCCAACACAAGACUGACUUUGCAAAUUGCUGUUAAUCUCCUAGGAGCAAGAUCAUGCCGUCUCUUAAUUAAAGUAAGGGUCAAAUUGGUUCCAGAUUUUUCAGGAAAUCAAAACAGCAAUAGCCAAAACUUUGAUGUACUUAUCAGAACCAAUCAGAAUAUUUUCAAAUAUUUUGUAAGUAAGUUUGUGAGUUUCAAGAGUUUAUACUCUGUUACCUUGUCAAAGAUAUGGAAGACCUGAAACUGAAUUGCUUUUACCUGUCCAAGUUAAGAGUAAAAGUAGUGGGUAAAAAAGGUGGUAACCUAAAUCA